AUGUCUUUCGAUGCAAUCCCUGUGCUUGACCUUUCGCUUUCACGGCAUCCGGAUACUAAACCAGCGUUCCUCGUAAAUUUGCGCAACGCUCUCCUUGACGUGGGCUUCCUCUAUAUCAAAGAUACAGGCAUCAAUGAUGCACUGAUUCAAGACGUCAUUGAACAAGGCAAAGCAUUCUUCAGUCUCCCAGAGGAGCAGAAAUUGGAGGUACAGAUGAAAAACGUUCCCAGCUUCCUUGGUUAUAGCAAGCUCGGCAACGAGAUUACAGCUCUGAAGACGGAUUGGCGUGAACAGAUAGACCUCUCGACACCACACCCUCUACCAAACCCUACUUCACCACUCUAUCAUAAUCUCCUUUCCCCAAACCAAUGGCCUAAUCCCAAAUUCCUUCCCAAAUUUCAAGUAACUUUUGAGACCUACAUUUCCUGCAUGUCCUCACUCUCUACCCGUUUCACCUCCCUAAUCGCCGAAUCCUUGAAUCUCCCUCCCUCAGCUUUUGAUCGUUUCUUCGACAAGGAUCAACAGCACAAGCUGAAAGUCGUCAAAUACCCUGACACCGCUUCUCUCCCUUCUUCGAACCAAACCCAAGGCGUCGGACCUCACAAGGACUCGAUGCUCACUUCAUACCUCCUCCAAGUGCCCCCGCACACUGGUCUUCAAGCCCAGAACCUCAACGGAGAUUGGAUCGACUGCCCGCCUAUCCCAUUCACCCUCGUUGUAGCCAUCGGCCAAGGUCUGGAAGCGCUCACCCAUGGAGUCUGCAAAAGUACUACACAUCGCGUCCUCUCUCCGCAAGCAGGACUAGGCCCGAGAUUCAGUGUGCCUUUCUUUCAAGGCGUGAGCUACGACGCCACAUUCGAAAGUGUGGAUAUUCCGGCCGAGAUUCUUGCAAUGAGAGGUGAAAGGCUGAGGCAAAGAGGAGGCAAAAGAAUCGAUGAUGUGGAAUUCACAUUCACAAAGGGGAGAUGGGGACAUUUGGGCGAAGCGACGCUGGUCAAUCGGGUCAAGAGUCACGUGGAUGUCGGAGAGAGGUGGUACCCGGAGAUACUGGCCCAGGUUAGGGCAGAGCAAGCUGCUGCUAGGGCCAAGGCUGAAGAAGGGCUAGCCGAGGCAGAUGCGUCUCAGACACGAGAGAAAGCUGCGGGCGUCACGGAAGGACCGCAGGCGAUACGAGCGCAUUGA